AUGAUAAAGGCGGGCAGUGGCAGCAGCGGCGCACAGGCAGUGGCGGCUUCCAACCGCGAGCUCGGCGUCAGCACUUCCAAUGGCGGGAACACGAAGUGCGCGCCCGACACCAGAAAUUGCGAUGGAGGUGGCGCGCAGCACGAGCCCGACGCCGUCAGCCACGAGGGCGGCGAUGACAAGCACGAGCUGGAGACCAUCAGCUUUGACAGAGCCGGAUACAAGACGUCAUCAGCUACAUACGUGCACGAGAACGCGAUCGAGAACGACAGCGCCGAACAGGUCACCCGCUGGCUACAGACGGGCUUCCUGUGGCCGCUGCUGGAGCUGGUCCUGUGGGCGUUCUGGCGCCUCUUCCAGCUCGUCUUCGCGCUGGCCGUGCUCCUCGUGCUGACGCUGGUUGCGCGCCAGAGGAGCCUCAUAUACGCGCCCGUGCCCCCGGGGACGCAGAGGUCCCCGAGGAUGAACCCCCCGCAGUUCUCGAGCCCGGCGAAUUGGGACCUCCCGUUCGAGGACGUCGAGAUUGUCACGGAGGACGGGGUGAGGCUGCACGCCUGGUUCGUCUACCAGCCAGAGGACGCCUGCAAGGAGGUCGGCGCCCCGUACACGCUGGUGUACUUCCACGGCAACGCAGGCAACAUCGGGCACCGCUUAGAGAAUGUUGCCGACAUGCACGAGAAGCUCAAGGUCAACAUCCUGAUCGUGGAUUAUCGCGGGUACGGCGAUUCCGCGGACGGCCCUGGGCCUUCCGAGAGCGGCCUCAUGCUCGACGCAUUGGCCACAUACCUUUGGGUCGUCCGCAGAGCCAGCGCGCCCGCCAGCGCCGGAGCGCGCCCGCGGGUGGCGUCCGACCGGUUGCUGCUGUUCGGGCGCUCCAUAGGCGGGUGCGUCGCCGGCGGCCUUGCGAAGGCGGUGCUGGAGUCGCAGUCGUCUGGCAAUCCGCUGCCCAUGCCCGCCGGAUUGGUGCUGGAGAACUCGCUCACCUCGAUCAGGGAGAUGGCUGUCCAGCUCUUCCCCUUCCUGAAGUGCCUGAGGCCCCUGAUCAGGUGGCCGAUCCUCCUCGACGAGUGGAGGGCGGAGGAGCGGCUCGAGUUCGUCGCGCAGCGGCACCGCGACUGGGGGUGUUGCCUCCUGAGCGGCCUGAGGGACGAGCUGGUGCCGCCCGCCCACAUGCGCCGGCUCUACGAAGUCCUGGAGCGGGGCCGCCCGCGAGUGUUGGAGAUGCACACGUUCGAGGACGGUGGGCACAACGACACGCCGGCGAGGGGAGGCGACGCCUACUGGGAGGCCUUCGCGGGGUUCCUCGCGCGCCUCUCCGAGGCACAGGCGGCCGAGGGCGCCGGGAGGCUGCCGGCGGACGAGGACAGAUGA